AUGAGUGCCGCCGUCAACCACAUCAAGCUUUACACAUGUGGCACCCCAAACGGGUACAAGGUGUCCAUUCUCUUGGAACUCUUGGGCCUUAAGUACGACUUUCACUACCUCAACAUCCGCGAAAACGAACAGAAGCAGGAAUGGUUCCUCAAGUUGAACCCGAACGGGCGGAUCCCCACCUUAUCUGAUACCAACCACUCUGUCAGCGGCUCCGAUGGAAGCGACGGGAUCACUGUCAACGAGACCGGUGCGAUUAUGCAAUACCUUGUGGACAAGUACGACACCGAGCACAAGCUUUCUUACCCGAUUGGUACUAAGGAGUACUACUUGCAGUUGGAAACAUUGUACUUCCAGAUGUCCGGGUUGGGGCCAAUGCAAGGCCAGGCCAACUUCUUUAGCAAUCUCGCCCCAGAGAAGAUUCCGUACGGUAUCAAUCGCUACACUGAGGAAACCAAGAGAUUAUACUCGGUUUUGGAGGAUUACCUCGCUAAAAACUCCAAGAACGGGUCUCUCUAUUUAGUUGGUAACCACUACUGUAUCUCCGACAUUGCAGUUUUUGCCUGGGCCGACGCGUUGCACGUGUUGGAAAUUGAGAUGUCUGAAUAUCCAUUGGUCGAUAAGUGGUACAAGACGCUUGCGGCCUUGCCAGAAGUGCAAAAGGGGCUAACGAUUCCAAGAGCAUCGGUAUAUGCCAAGAAGGGUUGA